AUGGCUUUUCGAAAGGUGGUGAAGGUGGUAUCAAUUGUGGGAAUUGGAGCCCCAGUUGUACUCUAUGGUCUAACAGAACUGAAUGAGUACCGGAAAAGACAGCCAACAUGGGCCCGGAUGUUGCGAGUGCAGGCAGGAGACCAGGUGCGGAUGGUGUUUCAAGACGAGCUUCCGUCCAGGGAGGCCCAGCUGUCAGCCCUACGAAACACUGAGGAGUUUGACGUACUUGUAGUUGGGGGUGGAGCUACGGGGUCAGGAUGUGCCUUAGACGCUGUCACGCGCAAUCUCAAGACUGCCCUGGUGGAGAGGGGCGAUUUCUCAUCCGGCACCAGCAGUCGAAGCACCAAGCUCAUUCACGGCGGAGUCCGAUAUCUACAGAAAGCCAUCAUGAAAUUAGAUUACGAACAGUACAUGAUGGUGAAGGAGGCGCUCCGCGAACGGUCAAACUUACUGGAAAUCGCUCCUCAUUUGUCUGCUCCUCUACCCAUAAUGCUCCCAGUUUACAAGUGGUGGCAGCUGCCUUAUUACUGGGUGGGUAUAAAGAUGUACGACCUGGUGGCAGGAUCCCAGUGCCUGAAGAGCAGUUAUGUUCUCACCAAGACCAAAGCCCUGGAACUUUUCCCUAUGCUCAACAAAGACAGACUGGUCGGUGCCAUUGUCUACUACGAUGGACAACACAAUGACGCUCGAAUGAACCUGGCCAUUGCCCUCACCGCUGCCAGGUAUGGUGCUGCCACAGCCAAUUAUACUGAAGUGGUGCGCCUGCUGAAGAGGCCCGACCCCAGCAGUGGCCAGGAGAGGGUGUGUGGAGCACGGUGCAGGGACACCAUCACAGGGCAGGAAUUUGAUGUCCGAGCCAAAUGUGUUAUCAAUGCCACGGGACCUUUCACGGACUCCCUGCGUAAAAUGGACGACCAGGCAAAACCCAACAUCUGCCAGCCCAGUGCUGGGGUGCACAUUGUCAUCCCUGGAUAUUACAGUCCAGACAACAUGGGCCUCCUGGACCCUGCCACCAGUGAUGGACGGGUCAUUUUUUUUCUUCCCUGGGAAAAGAUGACCAUCGCUGGGACAACGGACACCCCCACUGACAUAACCCCCCACCCUGUCCCCAUGGAAGAGGAUAUAAACUUUAUACUCUCUGAGGUCCGCCACUACCUGAGUCCAGAUGUGGAAGUGAGAAGAGGAGACGUCCUAGCGGCUUGGAGCGGAAUUCGACCAUUGGUCACGGACCCUAAUUCCAAGGACACCCAGUCUAUCUGCCGUAACCACGUGGUCAGUAUCAGUGAGACUGGACUGGUAACCAUCGCUGGGGGAAAAUGGACGACAUACCGGUCAAUGGCAGAAGACACAUUAGACGCUGCAGUGAAGGCCCAUAACCUGAAAGCCGGACCGAGCAGAACCAUUGGCCUUACGUUAGAUGGGGCUCAAGACUGGAGCCCCACCAUGUACAUCCGCCUAGUGCAGGACUACGGCCUGGAGGUGGAGGUGGCUCAACAUCUAGCCUCUACGUAUGGCGGUCGUGCUUUUGAGGUGGCCAAAAUGGCCCAUGUCACAGGCAAGCGAUGGCCAAUCGUGGGGAAGCGCCUCGUAUCAGAGUUCCCAUAUAUCGAAAGUGAGGUGCAGUAUGCCAUUAAAGAGUACGCCUGUACGGCCAUUGACGUGAUCGCCCGCCGCACGCGCAUGGGCUUCCUGAACGUACAGGCGGCAGAUGAGGCCUUACCCAGAAUAGUGCAUAUCAUGGCCAAGCAACUCGACUGGAGUGAGCAGAGAAUGAAGGAGGAGCUGGAGGCAGCCAGACAGUUCCUGUACUAUGAGAUGGGUUAUAAAUCUCGCUCAGAGCAGCUCACGGAUGCCUCAGACAUCACACUGAGUCCUGCUGAGGUUCACAGGUACACAAAGCGCUUCCACAAAUUCGACAAAGAAACCAAAGGGUUCAUCACCACGGUGGAUGUCCAGCGUGUUUUGGAGAAUAUUGGCGUCCAUAUCGAUGAAAACGCUCUUCAUGAAAUUCUCAACGAGGUUGAUCUCAACAAGAAUGGUCAAGUGGAGCUAAAUGAAUUCCUGCAGCUUAUGAGUGCAGUAAAGAGGGGCCAGGUGUCUGAUAAUCGCCUAGCUAUGCUGAUGAAAACCGCCGAGGAGAAUCUGGACCAGAGAGAGCCGGUCUCUGUCGACCGCAGUGGGGGAGGAGUCUGA